AAAACAAAAUGACAUAGACUACAGCAUAUCAUUGAAAAGUUAUUCAGAUCAUAAUUUACAAAAAUUUCAUUGAAUUUGUGGAUAUUUCUUUGUAUUUAUUGAGAUUAAUAUCAAAAGUGAGCUCUACCAAAUCAUUAAAGUUCAAUCGAAAUCGAAUUUAUCAACUCAAGAACGAAGACUGUAAAAUUUGUUGGGAAUUUCACAACGAGUGUCUCCGCUGGUGAACAGCAAUUGCGCAAUAAGUCUUUUGAAGCAGCCAUUUUUAGGAACGAUCAUAUGCGCAGCGUGAACUAGUAACCAUGCUUUGGGAACAGAACGAUGAAGUCAAUAAGUCAGCGUUCGAGAAACUGAAGGACGACUGCUGCUACGAUAUUCUGCGCCGGAUGCCACUAGAUGACUUGUGUGCCCUCAGUGGUACCUGUACUCGAUUGCACAGUUUGUGCGGCAAACAGUUCUUAGAAAAAUAUCCAUCAAAGGUCAUGCGCAUCGAUUCGAUUCAAGAAGACGGCACAUGGAUAAAAGAGCCACGCGAUGAAAUGUACAUCAAGUGUUUUGACAAAAGCAUUCGAAAUGUGAUCCUGAACGGUGACGGCCUAAAAACAAAGUUAGACGUAGUCAAUGAAUUCUACAAGGGCAAAGAGAUGGAGGGUGUUGUGAAGGAAGUUCACUUCAACAAUUGGCGCAGAUUGGAUGGUGCUGGUAUCAAACUUGUCGACAUGUUGAAAUCCGCUGAAAUCAUCACCAUCGAUUAUUCUGCUAUCGUCGAGGAUCCGUACGAUGGCAUUUUCAAGUAUGCACCAAAUCUGAAACACUUGAGAGUUCGAUAUUUGAAUUUCACAGGCACCGACUGGUUGCAACAACGAUACGCCAAACUUGAAAGCCUCGAGUGGCAUUCACCUUCGCAGCGUCCAGAUGCUGACAAAAUAAAAUCGUUGCUUGACACCAACCCAAACAUUCUACGAUUCUCACUUUUUUGCACAAAUGUGGAUGACAUCGUUCAAUUGAUGGCAAAGGAUGUGAAAAUUGACGAACUGUUCGUUCAUUUGGAUUCUGGUUUAAGUGGAGGUGCGUUAACUGCUAAUGACAUCCAAGUAGAUUCCACGAUGAAUAUUCUGAUGAAGUUGCUCACUGUUCAAAAUGUGAACUUGCAUCUGGUGGUUUCCAAAGCUGAUAUCAUUUCGCAACUGGCAUUCCUUCAUUCAAACAUGUUUGGUGUUUAUUUCAACGUUUCCAUUGACGAGGUGCUUACCACAAUGUAUACGUUCGAAAAUCUCCAGUUUUUGCGGAUCACAGCAUCACAUUUACCGUUUGCACACACCGAUUUGAUUGCAAAGAUGCCCAACUUGACUGAAUUGUACAUCGACGAAAUUUCAUACUUCAAUUUCCAAAAAUUUCAUCGCAAUAUGUUGGCUGCUGUUGGUCAAUUGGUGAAACUAAGGAAAAUCUUUCUUAAGGGUUUCACAAACCAGCUCACGAAAAUCGAUUUUUUAGCAUUGGACCAGGAACGCAUGGAUCUUCAUGGUGCUGCCCAUUUGAAGAUUUACAUCCAUUCAAAGGACUUUUUCGCCAAUUUCCCACUCAAGUUUGUUGAAUUCGUAACGAUUGAAAUUGUUGCAGCUGAAACUGAACCGUCCAGCUAUCCAUUUUUCUCGAUGUUCGGGCAUAAUUCAUUCUUCUCCGAAAUAAAGGGGAUUGGGCAUAACAUUAUCGCGAAUAGCAGUCGUGCUAACGAUGGUUUCCGUAAAAAUCACCAUCCAGCCGAUACCUGGCAGAAUUGGAGAUGUAGCCAACCAGAUUGGCCAUCCAGUGAUGACGAAGAUGAUCACAAUGUUGAUGAUGAUGAUUUGGAUGAACAAAACGGCGCAAGCAAUUUCCAAUAUGAUUACACUGACUUGCUUGAUGAUUGGGGUGAUCAACUGGCUGGGCCGAGUGGUGCAAUCGAAACGGUUGAAGUGGACGAUGGUGAUUGGGAGGAUGAUCAGGCUGAACCGUGUGGCGCGAGUGGUACAAGUAGAGCGAUUGUAGCAGAUAAUUCAGACUGGUCCGACUAGUAAGAUUUCUGACAAGAAAAAUUGGCCAUUUCAAAUCCAAAUAUUCAACAAGAAAUAUUAUGAUCUCAAAACAAAAAAAAGCAUCAAAACAUUCAGAUCUCAAAAUAUCCCUAUUAUUCGUAUUCAUAAUCAAGCUAAGAAUUUAAGGACCUCAUUUUUAUAUAUUUAAUAAUCCAUUAGUUUAAUUUUUUUGCUCAGCAAUUUACAUCAACUCGUUUUCUAUACAUAUGUAUAUGUUCCAUAUGGAACAGGAAUAGACAUGAUUUUUUGAAUAUAUAUUUUGAUUUACACUUUCAAACCAACAAA